AUGGUGGAUGUCACUCAAACCAAAAACGGAAGGUUCCGCUUUCGAUGUUUACCGACAAAAGACCAAAUGGAAGUGAUUAAGUUAAUGGAGUCCAAGGACCAAUUCGCCUUCUCAUACUGCUCCAAGCUUUGCAAAAAAGACAUUUCCAAUCUCAAAGUUGUUUCAAUGAAUUCGUUAAAAGUGAAUAUUGAAUCAUCAAUUUCUUUGGAAUGUGCGUUCAACGAUCACUACAUAUUUUUGGAAUUUGAUUUCGAUGCUUCUAAAGCGGAAACUCCAGAAAAGAGACUAUUUUAUCAACUCAAACAUCUCCUCUACAUUUUGAACACAUCAAAAAUCGAUAUUCUCCGUUUCUCUAUUUCUUGCAACAACUUCAACCUCGAUUUGAUCUUCAAGUUUUUUGGAACUAAUCGUGUUAAGACCCUUAUCGUAAAACCUCUUGUUGAAAAUCAAAUCUACGUUUCCAUUUUGAACUCUCCGAUUCAUUCGGAACGUUUGAUGCUGGAAAAGAAUCCAUUACAACGAUGA